UCAACGGUAGCGUUGAGUCCUCACGCUCCUUAUGGGUGCGUAGUUUAAGGCCGUCAUGACCAGGAGCGCACGUUAGAAACAAUCGUCGUCCCCGCCAUCUCAUCUUGCAGUUUGUAUAUCAUCCGAGCAGCGAAAACCGCCAAACGCGACUGUCUCUCGAUGCUGGAAUGGAGUCUGCACUUCAUUUCCAUUCAUGCCCCUUCUACAGGAAGGCCCAAGAGUGCCUCUAUCUUCAUCCACAGCAUUGCAGAAAGGUCAUGGUGCAUUUUGCAGCUCUGCGCAAACACCAGAUCAAGCUUUAUCUUGUACCUCUUAGAAUAGGUCAUGCAUUGCAAUGCUUUCCCUCAAAAGGCUCACUGAAAAUGAACAGAACAUGCAAGGAAGAUCACCCUUCUUUUGGUGUUUUGGCUACAAAUGACUUUAAGAGGUCUAAGACGUUGCUUGAUAUUUCAAGUAUCUCCAAGGAUGAUUUGAAUGAUUUUGAGACACAGCUGCAAGAGUUCUUCAAUGAAGUCAAAUCUAUGCUGGCGAUGGGGAACAAAGAUGAUGCCAUAGAUCUGCUUCAAGCAAAUUAUUUAGCAGUAAAAGAGCAGAUUCAUGCUGGUUAUAAAGGCAUGGAUCAAGCUGCUAUUCUUGACCUCAUAGCCUUGGGAUACAUGGGUGUUGGUGACUUCGCGUUUGUUGAGGGUCUGUUAGAGAUGCUGUGGGAGAUAGUGGGAAGCAUAGAGAAUGAUGAGCCACUUUUGGAUUCAGUACUGAUGCAUAUGGGAAGUAUGUAUACAACUUUGGGGAAGUUUGAGAAUGCAAUGCUUGCAUAUAGGCGGGGUUUUGAAAUUCUAGAGAGUCUGUUUGCUAGAUAUGAAAAUUCAAUGAAGAAAUACAUCUCUCUUCUCGUAGGAAAGCAUAGUCCUUUUCUUAUCACGCCACUUAUGGGAAUGGCAAAGGUCUUUAGCUUUAUUGGAAGGGCUACAAAAGCAAUAGAGAUCUACCAUCGGGCGGUCAUGAUUUUGGAAAUGAGCAGAGGUGCUGAAUGUGAGGAUCUUGUGAUACCUUUAUGUGGUCUUGGCAAUCUUCUUAUCAAGGAAGGAAAGGCUGCAGAUGCAGAAAUUUCUUUUAAGAGAAUAUUGAGCGUAUAUACAAAGUUAUAUGGAGCCAAUGAUGGAAGAGUAGGAAUGGCCAUGUGUUCCUUGGCCCAUGCCAUGUGUGCAAAAGGAAAUCUCAAUGAAGCUAUUGGUGCAUAUAGAAAGGGUCUUCAGGUUAUUAAGGAUUCUGAAUAUAUGGCUUUAGAUGAUGAUGUUCUAGAAAAGAUGAGGAUUGACUUGGCAGAACUACUUCAUAUUGCGGGAAGAGAGCAUGAAGGUCGGCAGCUACUGGAGGAGUGUUUGCUGAUCUCUGAAAGGUACAAAGGGAAAGAGCAUCCAGGUUCUGUGACCCACCUUCUAAACCUUGCCAGCUCUUACUCACGCUCAAAGAAUUUUGUGGAGGCUGAGCGCUUGCUGAGGACAAGUCUUCAGAUCAUGUCAAGAACAGUGGGACCCGACGAUCAAUCCAUCACUGUCCCAAUGUUGCACCUUGCAGUCGUACUCUACCAUUUGAGACGAGAUGAAGAAGCAGAGGGUCUUGCUCUAGAGGUAGUGCGCAUCCGUGAGAAAGCAUUUGGAAAACAAUCUCUUCCAGUUGGGGAGGCUCUUGAUUGUUUGGUAUCCAUUCAGGCUAGGUUAGGGAAGGAUGAUGGAGAAGUUCUGGCCCUAUUGAAGAGGCUUUUGAGCAUUCAAGACAAAAAGUUGGGCCAUGAGAGUGAAGAGACCAUGAUUACCCUAAAGAAGGUGGUUUUCUAUUUAGACAAGAUGGGAAGGAAGCAUGAAAAGCUACCUUUCCAGAGAAGAUUGUUGAUGCUCCGAGGCCAGUAUAAGCAACGGGUUCCUUCUUGACAGGUCUUGUAAGCGAUCUGAUCAUUGGUGACCAGCAGUAUGAUAUCCCAGAGGUCCAAUGUGCAUGGCUACACUGUUGGUGGGUGAUUAUGUGAAAACUUUCCCAUCUGAUCACAUUCUUUUUGUUUUUUGGCCAUGCAGAUGGAUGGUUAAAAAUGUGAUGAAUUUGCAGUCCAUAUUCAACUGGGAAAAUGUCCAGCAUGGUGUAGUUGUUGGUUUGCGAUGUCUCCAUUGACAGGAUUUUUGUGGCCCAUCCUCAAGUCUGGUGUACCAGGAGAAAUUUUGGAUUCCCCAAAUUUGAGCCCAUGUAGGGAAUGCUUGCCUGGACGAAAUGUUACUAACUAGGCAUUGUAUAUAACCUUGAUCUCUUAUGCACACGCAAAAGAUUCAUGCGGGUUUGUCCGUAGAGAGAGAGAGAGAGAGAGAGAGUAUUCUAUCAUGUUUCAGUUUCAUGUCUGUCUUUUCUUGUACAUCACUUGGCAUGAUUCUUUUGUUGUAGUGUAAUGCAAGUGGCAACAGAAAAUAAUACAGGAAAUCAUGGAUAGCAGUUGUCCCCAAAAGUUUUGGAUCAA